AUGAGUAACGAUAGUAAUAUUAAUAUUGGAUAUCAAUUCCAUGAUAUUGCCAUUGUUGGUAUUGGCCUGAGGAUGCCAGGAGGCUCAAAGACACCGGAGGAGUUCUACGCCCAACUCACUCAAGGCUUUGACGGAGUGACCAAGGUGCCAAAAGAUCGUUGGUCACAAUCAUUCCACGAGCACAAAGUAAUCAAUAAUCACAACGGUGGAUUCAUCCCACUUGAUUACUGGAAAUUAUUCGAUCCAUUAUACUACAAUAUCUCACCAAAGGAGGCACCUAUACUCGACCCACAGCAACGUCUACUGAUGAUGACCGUGUCCGAAGCGCUCGAGGACGGAUUGAUACCACCAUCAAGCAUUCGUGGUAGUCGCACUGGAGUAUACAUGGGCGUGUCGAACCACGACUACCUCAAGCUCACCUUCCACGACAACGUCUCCCAAGAUGUAUCACCAUAUGUCAUGCCUGGAACCAAUGCAUCCAUCAUAGCCAAUAGAAUAUCCUACGCCUUUGAUCUCCGAGGACCAUCCUUCGUAGUCGACACUGCCUGUUCCUCAUCCAUGAUUGCCAUUAACCUUGCCUGUACCGACAUUAACACUGGCAAAUGUGAUAUGGCAGUAUGUGGAGGAGUAAACGCAUUGUUUGAUCCAAAGUCAAGUAUGGCAUAUUCAAGUCUGGGCGUGCUGAGUCCAGAUGGAAGAUGUAAAUCAUUCGAUGCAAGUGGCAAAGGAUAUGUUAGGAGUGAGGGUGUUGGUGUGAUCAUUCUCAAGAGAUUGGACGACGCCAAACGUGAUGGUAAUAGGAUAUAUGGAGUCAUCUGUGGUGGCUCAAACAAUGAAGAUGGAGCCUGUAACAAGAAUAGUUUGACGACACCAUCAGCAAGAUCACAAGCAGAUAACAUAAUUGCUGCAUUGAACACGUCGAACAUCGAUCCGUCCGACAUCUACUACAUAGAGGCACAUGGCACUGGCACCCCAGUGGGCGACCCCAUCGAGGCGGAGGCACUGUCCAAGGUAUUCACAACCAGUCACACUGCAGACUAUCCUUUGAGGAUGGGAUCGGUAAAGUCCAACAUUGGACAUUUGGAGUCGGCAGCUGGUGUGGCAUCAGUGAUCAAGGUGGCCCUGAUGAUGAAGCAUCGCACGAUCGUGCCAAGCAUCAACUUCAAUGAUCCCAAUCCCAAGAUACCAUUUGAUGAUUGGAAGUUACAAGUAGUCCAACGUUUGCAAUCAUUCCCAGACAUGCCCAUCAAAAUUGGCAUCAACUGUUUUGGAUUUGGUGGCAGCAACAGUCACUUGAUCGUCAAAGAAUACGAGCCAGACCUUCAACAGAUAGAGGAGCAACAAGAUGAAUGUGAUCAAGAUAAUAGUGAGCAUAGGUAUCUUGUACCGGUGAGUGCCGCGUCAAAGGCAUCAUUGGACAAGAUGUUACUUGAACUCACGACUAAUAGUAACUACCAUCGCUUUGUGUUGUUCAAGGAGUUGGCACUACACAUGUCAUUGAACAAGUCUCACAUGUCUCAUCGCAAAGUGUUCCUGGCAAAGGAUUGGCAAGAGUUCAUCAGUGAGCACUCUCUGGCGAGUGUACUCCCUUCAUCAUCAUCAUCAUCAUCAGAAGUCCCCACCACUGCCACCAACACUGCCGAGGUGUUGACAACAACAGACCUCAACUCAUCAUCGUCAUCAGUAUCAUCAUUAUCAUCAUCAUCAUCAUCAAUAUCAUCGAGCAACAACAACAACUUUAUCAACACCAACAACAACAACAAUAUAGUGUUUGUCUUUUGUGGACAGGGACCUCAAUGGAUUGGAAUGGGCGACGAGUUGUACAAGUCAGAGCCAGUGUUCCGCACCACUGUUGAUCAUGUCGACAGUCUACUCAAGUCACACUAUGGAUACAGUGUACUUGAGCAUGUCAAGAGCUUGCCCAAGGACUCAACCGACAUCCAUCUACCCAUCAAUGCUCAGCCCUACAUCUUCAUCCUCCAAGUCGGUCUGAUCUAUCUCUACAAGCACUGGGGCGUCGAGCCAUCCUACAUCAUUGGACACAGCUUUGGAGAGGUCACUGCCGCAUUCUGUUCGGGAUUGAUUAACUUGGACACUGCCGCGAUGAUUGUAUAUUAUAGGAGUUCGCUCCAGAAUAGGACCGUGGGCAGCGGCAAGUUGAUGGCCAUCGCACUCACACAUCAAAAGUAUGCGGAGGAGUAUGCCACAAGAUACCCAGAGUUGGAGAUUGCAUGCUUCAAUGCGCCAGACUCUAUCGUGGUCGCUGGAGAGACGAGCAAGCUGACAGAGCUCUCUGAGGAGCUGGCCAAGCAGGGUGUCUUCCGCGCCAUCCUCACAUCGCCCUGCGCAUUCCACACCUCGCAUCAAAAGUGUCUAAAGGCCGAUGUCUACUCAACAUUCGCGUCGCUCAAGUCCAAUGGUGAGCCCACAAUACCACUGUUCUCCACCGUGACGGGCAAGAGACACACGGGCGCAUACAACGCGGACUACCUGUACAAGAACCUUCGACACCCCGUCAACUUCCAUGGUGCCAUCAACUCGAUUGUUGCCGCGGCUGGACAAUCGGCCAGCAACUUGGUGUUCUUGGAGAUCGCGCCAAACCCUGUGCUCUCGCACUCAAUCACCCGAUGUGUCACAUCGACCAAGUUCGCACCAGUCUCAGCGCUCUACACCAAGAAGGACGAACUGGUAUCGUUUAGCGAGUCCAUCGCACGCCUGCAUUGCUAUGGCGUCAACGUCAACUUCCGCGCGCAGUUCUCCGACAGCGAGAUCCGCAAUCCAGAAUGGCGAGACAAUAUUACAAUCUUGCCGCGUUAUCAAUGGGACGUGGCGCCAUACUGGAGCGAGUCGGCCAUCUCCCUGCGCGAGCGUCUGGUUGGCCCGUCCACCUCUCUCAGCGGUACGCGCACCACCGCGACAGGCCAUCCGUCGUUUGAUCAGGUGAUCGACAUUCAUCGCCCGCCCUUUGCCUACCUCAAGGAUCACAAGGUCAAUGGCAAGCCACUGUUCCCAGGCGCGGGAUACAUUGAUGCGAUCAUUCAGACGUACGCCAUGCCCUCUGGCAAGAACUCAAUCAUCAUCUCCAAGCUCGAAUACCUCCAGCCAUUCUUCCUGCUCGAGGGUGAGCAUCAACACCUCAACACAGUGUACAGCGACGCCAACAAAGGUUACCAACGCGUACAGUUCUUACAAAAGGAUGGCGACGACUCUAACAAGUCAUGGACCACAACAUGCCAAGGACUUGUGACGGCCGAGUCCAUCCAGGACCUCUCGGCCUCAAAGCACCAAGACGUGGCCGCACUCAAUCAAACAUGUGACCUGAUUGAGUUGAACAAGAGUGAGCUGUACACCAAGAUCCUGCGAUUGGGACUGGACUAUGGUACGACGUUCCAGCGUGUGGAGUCGAUCAAGAUUGGACGCGAGUGCUCAAUGGCGGUGCUGAACAUGGACGUUGCCCCUGGCAGCCCGACCCACAUACUCAAUGCCUGUCUCCUAGACAGCUGCUUCCAUGGACUGCUCGCCCUCAUCGAUGAGCGACGUCACUUUGUCGUGGGCCAGAUCGAGGACAUGUUGAUCAAUACCCUCGCCAUGGCGGACAUGCCCCAUAGUGGCCAAUUGCUGCUCUACACCAAGAUCAUCAAGCGCGACAAUUAUAACAUCACUGGAUCGUUCGUGCUGAUGACACCAGGUGGCGAGACGAUGGUCUCGAUGAAGAAGUUCGUGGUCAAGUCGAUGCAGCGCACGAAGGACGCAGGCGAGCUCAAGUGUCCCACCCACGAGAUGUUUGCCAUGCAAUGGCAAACCAAGAACUCAAUGAUGCCCUCGCCCAAGUCGAUAGUGCCCGAGUUGUUCAGUGACCACGCUAAACAGAGCCAAGUGUUGAUGGACAACCAGGUCAGCGUGUACGCAGCCAAGCUCGUCCACAGCGCACUGACAACAGACUUGCCGGGCUUCAAGCUCGGCCAGCCUGUGACCAGCGCACUCAUGGCCAGCCUAAACAUCGACUCUGGAUCACGCCCACUCACACGAUUCUUCACAAGAUUGACCGACAUUCUUGCUCAGUUUGAGGAUGACCUGGACAAGGCUGGCGAGUCGAUCAUCGACCUAUCACUCUUGAGAUCAAGCAUCCUCGAGACCUAUCCCAAGGCCGAGUUGGAGCUUGAUCUGAUUGAGCGAGCGGCUGGAAUCAUCCCACGCGUGCUUCAGGGCGAGCAUGAAGUCUGCCACAAGCUGUUUGAUGACGACUUGCUCAGCCGCUUCUACCAGGGCUCGUCUGCUGUCACCUACUACAUGAUGCAGAUCACGGAUAUACUGCAGAAGGGUCUCUCGGCGCAGCUCAAGGAGCGCCGCUCAAUCAAGAUUCUCGAGAUUGGCGGUGGCACGGGCAGUCUCACACACCGAGUGCUCCACACAUUGUCUGCGCUUCUGGGCUCGGCCGAGCAGCACAUCGACGUCGACUUCACGUUCACAGACGUGUCGACCAGCUUCCUCAAGACCAUGCGCGAGGCCGUCGAGCAGCGCUACGCCCGUCAUCCCAACUGGAAGAACAUGUCGCUCACAAUGAAGUACCUGCCCCUAGACCUCGAGAAGGACCUCGAGGCACAAGGCUUCCUCUCGGGCACAUACGACGUCGUCCUGAUGAUGUAUGUUGUGCAUGUUUUGCCCGACUUGGGACAGGCUGCCAAUCGACUCAACCAAGUGCUGGCGCCAAACGGCUGGCUGCUGUUUGCCGAGCCCGCACGACGCGUGGCAUUCAUUGACAUUGUGUUUGGAUGCUUCCCUCAAUGGUGGAAUUACAACGACUCGAUGCGCCAGGAUCACUGCUCAAUGCACCCUCGCGAAUGGACCACAUUGCUCUCGCAACACGGCUUCCCUUGCACGAUGAUUGUCUCGCCACCCACGUCGCAGGGCCAGAUGUACGGCGGUCACUCAUUCGUUGUGCUCUCACAGAAGGCCGCUCUGGGUCACUUCCAGCAAGAUCCCCAGAUCGAUGGACGCGUUGGACUGGUAUACAGCAAUGGCAUGACCAUGGUGGACUUUAUCAGCAAGCACAACCUACGAAGGUUCAUGCAUGACCUGACUGCCGCAGGCGUGCAGGUCGAGCUGAUGCAGGCCAAGGACACGUCGACACCGGCCUCCCUCCAGGUCCUCAAGUCGUGCACAAAUGUGUUCUACCUGCCAGGUUUGGAGAAGCAAUCAAACAACCAUUCAUACAAAUCAUUGACCAACGACUUGGUGACAUUCAUUCGAUCAAUGUCCGAGCUCAAGGCAUGUCCCAGCAUCAUGGUCCUCACCAAGAAUGCCUCAAGGAGCAGCAACUAUUGCAAUGCCUCACUGAUUGGAAUCACUCGCACAGCCAUCAAUGAAUAUCCUGCCAUGCACAUCACAAGUGUGGACAUUGAUGAGGAUAGCACACCAGACCUCAAGACCCUGCUCGCAUUGACCAAUCGUGCGGCCAAUCUCUCAGAUCGCGAGUACGUUGUGGACCAUGGCACUGUUUGUGUGCCGCGAAUGCGCCAGGUCCCCAAGGAGACGAUACUCAGCACUAGCACUGCGUUUGAGCGUGACAUCAAUCAAGUCUGCUGCACUUCCAACCUUGACUUGACAUUCAGCUGCGUGGCCCGCCAACCUCUGUUGAAGAGAGGCGAGGUGGAGAUUGCUGUGCGCGCAGUGGGCAUCAACUUCAAGGACAACAUGUUCUUCCGCGGCCUGCUCCCCGCCGAGGUAUUUAGGAAGGGCGACAUGUUCAACCCACCCUUUGGUGUCGAGUGCUCUGGACUGAUCACACGCGUCGCCGAAGAUGUCACCGACUUCAAGGUUGGCGACGAGGUGGCUGGCUUCGCCCGCCACUGUCUCGGCUCCCACGUGGUCACCAAUCACCAGCUCAUCGUACACAAGCCAAAGGAGCUCACACACUUGGAGGCUGCCUCAGUGGCAGUGAUCUACUGUACGGCCUACUACUGUCUGUUCAACAAGUGUCAUUUGGACGUUGAGUGUGGCGAUCAAUCAGUACUGAUUCACUCGGCCACUGGUGGAGUGGGUCUGGCCACACUCAAUCUGUUGCGUAUGAAGUCGAUGAAGGGCAAAAUAUUCGCGACUGUUGGCUCCAAGGACAAGGAGGACUACCUCACUCAGCAGUAUGGCGACAUGAUCACAGCUAUCUACAACUCCAAGGAUAAGGAGUUUGCCAAUCGCGUCCAGCAGGACACGGGUCGUGGCGUGGACGUCUUGAUCAACACACUCGCUGGAGACUUUAUGAACGCCAACUUCCAGGCCUUGGCAUCUUUUGGACAGCUGGCCGACAUCUCAGUCACACAGAUCUACUCCAACGACGUUCUUGACCUCGGCAACUUCAAGCGAGAUCAAUCAUACUACGCUGUGGACUUUGAGCGCGUACUCAAUGAGCUGCCCCACCUCGUGAAGUCGAUGCUCACCAACAUCUAUGGUUGGAUUGCCAGUGGUGACCUACAGCUCGUGCCCUCGCAGGUGUACCCUGUCACUCAGGUGUCAGAAGCAAUCAAGUCGCUUAACAAUCGCACUCACAUUGGAAAGGUACUUAUUGAUUGUGCAAGCAUUGGCCGUGACAUCCUUGAGCCAUUGUUCAACUCGCCAACCGAGAACAUGGUGACCAAGCCCAACUACACACUCAAUCUUCCAAACACUGCCAUUGUCACUGGUCAGGCAGGACUGUCUCUCGAGCUGAUCAAAUGGAUCGCGUCCAGAUCCAACGCGUCCGACAUUGUCGUUUUGUCCAGGUCGACUAUCAACUGGCGUCUUCAACGUCUGAUCAAUCUGAUGAAGAAGGAGGGCGCACGAACCAACAUCCACUUCAUCCAAUGCGACAUUUCCAACUACGACGCGCUGACCAAGCUCGCACAGACCAUGCUCAAGCCUCUACCACCCAUUCAAUCAGUGUUCCAUCUGGCUGCGGUGUACAAUGACGUGCCACUGGACCAGGUGAGCAUGGACAACAUCAACUCUGUGCACGACCCUAAGGUGCUGGGCGCAUUCAAUCUGCACAGCCUCAGCAUCGUGCUCGGCUGGAAGCUCAACCACUUUGUCAUGUUCUCAUCGAUCAAUGCCAUUACAGGUGUGCAUGGACAAGCCAGCUACAACUCUGCCAACGCUGUACUCGACGCUCUUUGCAACUUUAGACGAUCAAUCCAGUUGCCCGGUCUGGCCGUCAACUGGGGACCAAUCGAGGGCGAGGGCAAGGUGGCCGAAUCUGAUGCCAUUGCCGAGCUCUUUGUCCAGCGAGGCCUGCCAUCACUCUCUCUCGCCAAGUUGUUUGGCGCACUAGAGUGCACACUUGGUAACACCGGUGCAUCGCAGUUGAUCGUCUCACCAAUCAACCCACGACCAUUCUACGAGGCAUUCUCACACAUGCGACCAAAGAUGGACAAGUUGAUGCCAGCAGACAACACAUCUGAUCAGGGCCAUCGCGCAUCAAGCUCAGCUGCCUCCAACGAGACAAUCGCCAAACGUGUGUCGGACACUGUCUCAUCACUUCUAUCGAUCCCAGCCGACAAGAUCAACCCUGACACCAAGCUCAAGGAGUAUGGUCUAGACUCGUUGUUGACCGUGCAGCUCAAGUCCUGGAUCGACAAGGAGUAUGAGAAGAACCUGUUCUCGCAUAUCCAGCUCUCAUCAUCCAGUCUCAGCACGGUGAUCAACAAGAUUGAGAAUAUUGGCAGCUCGGGACAGGUUGCCGACGAGACAUCCUCAGCCACAGCCAGACCAGUGGUAUCAGCUCAGAUGAACGUUGAAUUCAAGAGCUCGCCACUGACCAAGAUAUCAUACGUUGGCUUGCGUAGGAACUCUGAGACGCCUCUGCCAAUGUUUGGUGGCGCCGCUGCCAACUUCCCUUCGAUGGGCCGCAAGAUGAGUCUGAACCCACUCACCAGCUCACUGACCAAGUUGCUGUUGAACAAGUCUGCCAGCAACACACCCAAGAUGCUCAGUCCAGACACAAUGAUUGGUUCCAACUUCAACGUCAAGUCCACUCAAUCGCCUCGCAGAUUCAGCAGUACACCAAGCUACCUCUCACCCAACAGACUGGCUCCAUCACCAAGAUACCUUCUUGCUGGCCUCAACAACAAUCCUUACAUAUUGGGCAUGGGCACUUCAGUUCCAAACGAAGCCAUCUCACAGGAGGACUUGUGUGAGGCGAUGGCCAAGGACUACUCUGAUGAUCCCGCAGUUGUGCAGAAUGUCAAGAGGAUGUUCAAGUCGUCGUACAUUGAGACUCGUCACAUGAGCCGCAAUCCAACCAAGCCAGAGACCUCACUCAAGCGUCGCAAGGAUGAGAACAUCAACGAUGUCAACAAGCAGUACAUUGUCUCAGCGCCAAUGCUGGCCAAGGAAGCUUGUGAGAAGGCCAUCAAGGACUGGGGCGGCCAGGCCAAGGAUAUCACUCACAUUGUAUCCGUGUCGAGCACUGGUGUGGUCGUACCAGAUGUCAACUUCAUCAUGAUCGAGGAGCUGGGUCUCAACAAGGAUGUGCAACGUGUCAGCAUCAACUUCAUGGGUUGUCUGGCUGGUCUUUCCAGUCUUCGCACUGCCACCUCCCUGGCAUGCCACGAUCCUAGGAACAGAGUGCUCGUCGUGUGUACCGAGAUCUGUUCUACUCACUUCACGACCACAGGUGGCAUGGACCAAAUUGUUGCCGCCACAAUCUUUGCCGAUGGAUCCGCAGCCUAUAUCCUUGGAUGUAAUCCAACUAUUGAUGAGACUGCAUACUUUGAGGUGCUUCACUCGAUGAAUAGAUCAGUGCCAGGCACCAAACAGACAAUGACCUGGGAAAUCAGCUCCACUGGUUGGGACCUGGGUCUAGACGCUUCGAUCCCCGACCAUAUUGGCGGCGGUAUCAGCGAUUUCAUCAAAGAACUCUUGGAGAAGACGAAGGACCAGACGCAGUCCACGUCGGCCAAGGAGUUUGAGUUCCUAAUUCACACGGGUGGCAAGUCCAUCCUGACCGCGAUCGAGAACACUCUGGAGAUCGAUGCCAUCAAGCAGAACAGCCACUCCUGGGCCAUCUACAAGUCAUACGGAAACAUGUCCAGUGCUUCCGUACUCUUUGUGAUGGACCACGCCAGGAAGUCCAAGUCUCUGCCACCAUACUCCAUCUCUUUGGCAUUUGGUCCAGGCCUCGCAUUUGAAGGUUGUAUAUUACGUAACAUGGUAUAA